AUGUCACAGCUUCUUACUGACUCUGAAAAACGACGAAAAUUGAAUAACAGCAAUACAGACGAAAGUGGACUGGAGGAAGAUCUGAGUGCUGACGAAGCAAGCGGGUCCGAUUUGGAAUCAGAAGCAGAGCUAGAAAAUGGUGAAGUUGAUCACCAUGAUGGAAAUGCUCCCGCAAAAGCCGGGGUAAUAGAGAAACUUGUUCUUCGAAACUUCAUGUGUCACGAAUUCUUUGAGCUCGAAUUUGGUCCUCAGUUGAAUUUUAUCAUAGGCAGAAAUGGUUCUGGAAAGAGUGCCAUUCUCACAGGCAUAUCUGUCGGUUUGGGUGCCAAAGCAGCUGAUACUAAUAGAGGAACUUCGAUGAAAAAGUUAAUUAAAGACGGCAAGAACACGGCAAGAAUCUCCAUCACAUUAAAGAAUGAGGGCCCCGAAGCCUACAAGCGAAGUACAUUUGGCUCACACAUCAUUAUCGAAAGGGUGCUUCAAAGGCAAGGUACAAAUCAAUAUCUCAUAAAGUCAGCUCUGGGAGCCAUAAUUUCAAAAAAGAAGGCAAUCAUCGAUGAGAUCUUGGCGCGUUUUAACAUUACAGUCGAUAACCCACUAGCAUUUCUUUCACAAGAUAAAGCUCGAGAAUUCAUCACUCUGACUACCGACCACUCAAAAUACAACUAUUUCAUGACAGGCACACUUUUGAGCGACAUCCUUGCAACUUACCAAUCCAUUUCCAAGAACAUUGUGGAAGUCAACAGUAAGCUAACCAUAGCAAAGCAACAUCUUGAGGCUGCCAGGCGCACCUAUGCCAAAUCGACGCAGGUAUUCAAUAACUUUAAAAGAUCUGACCAUUUACGAAGACAUUUAGAGCUCCUCCACGGCAAAAUUUAUUGGUAUAAUGUUUCUGUAUUUGAAAAGAAAAUACAAAAGUACAGAGAUAAUAUACUGUCCUUGGAAGGGAACAUACGAGAAACUGAGUCUAAGAUCAGUGAAUUAACCAACAAAAUUGAGUCUAGUAAGCUUGAAGUUCCACAACUUCAAGCCAACGCCGAAGAGGCAAGACGUCAGGUCUCCAUACUUAAUGAGGAGGUUCAUGAUGCACAAGAAGCAUACACAAAAAUCCGCAUGGCCGUAAGUGAUGUUGCAAAUGAGAUCAAAUCGGAAGAACAUGAAAUCAAGUCGCUCAAGUCGGAAGUUAAGGGCCUCGAAAAAGAACUAGAAACUGAGACAUCUCGAUCAAAGGAUACUAUUGACUCGCCUUCCAGUUUGGAGUCGAAGAGAUUAACGUUAAAGGAACUAGAAGGUGAGCGAGAUAAGUUAAAGGCGCUCAAUGACACAUUUGCCGACCCUCAGAAUAGUGCAAUAAUGCAGAUCCAAAGACAAAUCACAUCGGCCAAGGAGAGUGUGCAAGAUAUGAGAAGGAGAAAGAAUGAGAUUUUAGCGGCACAAAGAGAUCAAUACGCGCCUUGGGGACUGAGUAUGGCCAAAGUGAUAAACGCCAUAAACUCAACUAAUAGAUGGAAAGAAAAGCCCAUUGGUCCUAUCGGAUACUACGUCACGUUGAAGAGUGAAUACUCAGAGUGGAAGGAUCUUAUCAAUGCCGUACUUCUGCAAACGUUGGACUCUUUCUUAGUCUCAAAUGAACAUGAUAGACGCCUAUUGCAACAAAUUUUCAGACAGUUUCGAAUCAACAAGAACAUAAUUACCAGAAAGUUUGAGGAGUUCCUGUACGAGUCCGGUAAGGCGCUGGAACAUGUUACAUUUCUUGAUAUGUUGGAGAUACUGAAUCGACAUGUCGCCUUCACGUUGAUUGAUUCCAACAUGAUCGAAAAAUGUGUGACAACUAAGGACAGAAGAAAUGCAAACUCCCUUAUUACCCAGAAAAAUGUCCUUAAUGUAUUUUCUUUGUUGAAUGCCAAGUCAGGGCACAGGUCAACGGGUAGUAACAGGUCUUUUCGAAUCGAUCCGAUCUAUUACAGAAAUGACUUGCACAAGCUUUCAUCUGGUAGCGCAUCUGCCGCAGACGAGACCAGGAAGAUAGAUGAAAGAAUACUGGAAGAGCAAAAUAACUUGUCGCGACUUGAAAAUCAACUUAGAGAAGCAAGAAUUAAAUUUCAAAAUGAUAAGCAAAAUACCGAGAAAAGAUAUCGUGAGAUCCAGUCACAAUUAAGAAAACUUGCCGAUGAAAUUUUUAGAGAGGAAAAUAACGUGAAUGACUCAAAUGAUAGUUCACGCACUGAGACAUUGAAGGGCCGAAUACAAGAACUUGAAAACGAGAUUAAUAACAAGUACGGAAUAUUGGAUUCCCUCAGGCAAGAUAUUGUGAAAGACAAAGAAAAGUUUGUCAAAGCGAAGCUUGCCGUCGAACGCAAGAAAGAACAAAUGGCGGAUUGUAAAAAACAAAAAGACGAUGCAGAACAAGAAAUGGUCAAUAUGGAUGGAAAUAUCAGCGAAAUGGAUGCGCAAAUGUCUCAGUAUGAGAUGAAGAAAGAGCAGCAUUUAUCAUCUAUCAAUCAGUUUGAAACGAAAAUACAACAGGGGCAAGAACGACUCCAACCAUUGCUUGCUGAUGCCGAAGCUCGCUGCCCUCGUGACAAGAUACUGAUAGCUGAAACCGAUACCAGCGAAACAAUAAGCCAGGAAUACGAAAGGACACAGCAGGCGGUUCAGGAAGCAGAAAAGACCAUUGGCAAAUCAAUACAAGAGAUUCAAGACGAGCUUUUGUCAAACAAAGAGAGUAAGGAAGAUGCAGAAAAACGAGUAAAAAAUCUUACGACAAUCUCGAGAGCACUUCAAGCCGACCUCAAUAGGCGUUUUGAUGCCUUGCACACCACUAUUUUAAGAAAUACUGGAGAAUCAGCGUCCUCCUUUGAGCGCUCACUUGCGCUCAGAGGUUUCAAGGGCGAGUUGAAAUUCAACUUUGCCGAGGAAACAUUGACAAUGAUGGUUCAAACAAAGAACGACGCACAAAAAAGAACUACAGAGUCUCUUUCCGGUGGAGAAAAGUCCUUCACGCAAAUUGCAUUGCUUUUAGCUAUAUGGAAAAUGAUGGACUCGAAAGUUCGUGGGCUAGAUGAAUUUGAUGUGUUCAUGGAUUCGGUCAACAGAUCUAUAAGUAUCAAGCUUCUUUUGAACGAGUUGAGACAGUAUCCAAAAUCACAAUCAAUAUUUAUUACUCCUCAAGAUAUUGCUGUUGUCGGAGACUUAGAUAGCAGCGACGUACGGAUCCACCGCAUGUCAGACCCUAGGAACUCCAAUUGA